GUAGGCAGGGCAGGGGGCGGGUCCGGCCGCUCAGUCCGGGCAGGCAGUAGGUAGGAGGCAGCAGAGCCAGGGGAUGCCAGGCUGUGGCUGCCGCGGACAGUCAGGGACGGAGCCGCCGAGCUCGGGCUCAGAGUCCCGGCCGCUGGAGCACAGGCGGGAGGGCGUCAUGGACCCACAGCGCCCAGGGGCCCCCAUGGGCCAGGGCUACUAGGCAGGCGCCUGAAGCAGAUGGAGGAACCGGGCUCAGCAUGGGGAAGAUGAGCUGCCCCGGGGUCAGUGCCCUCCUGCUGCCCCUGCUGCACCUGGCACUGGGAUAUCUCACGGUCACCAUCGAGCCUCUGCCUCCUGUCGUAGUCGGAGACUCUGUGACCCUAAAAUGUAAUUUUAAGACGGAUGGAAGGAUGCGAGAAAUCGUCUGGUAUCGGGUGACGGAUGGUGGGACCAUCAGACAGAAGAUUUUCACGUUUGAUGCUAUGUUCUCUACCAACUAUUCUCACAUGGAGAAUUACCGCAAGAGGGAGGAUUUGCUGUACCAGUCAACUGUGCGGCUUCCUGAAGUCCGGAUUUCAGACAACGGGCCUUACGAGUGCCACGUUGGAAUAUACGACCGGGCCACGCGGGAGAAAGUGGUCCUGGCGUCAGACAACGUAUUCCUCAACGUCAUGUCUCCUCCCACUUCCAUAGCCGUCAUAGCUGCCGAGUCUCCGGCGCCAUUCAGCCGAUACCAAGCCCAGAACUUCACGCUCGUGUGCAUCGUGUCUGGAGGGAAGCCGGCCCCCCAGGUUUAUUUUAAGAGAGACGGGGAGUUAAUAGAAGUCGUGCCGAUGCUGGAGCCCCCGGCCGCCGCAGCUGGACUUCUGGCCAAUCGGGCGACCAAAGGCCUGCUGAGCCGAGAUCUGGACGACACAAAGAUGCAAAAAUCUCUUUUGCUGCUGGACACAGAGCGGGGACUGGGCUCUUUCACGGAAAACCCAUACCGCGCACGCUCGGGGGACCCGGGACCCGUGUCCAGCCCGGUGACCGAGGCCAUUCCGGAAACGGUGGUCAGUCUGGAGUUUCCCCGCUGGGUGCACAGCACGGACCCCGCGUAUUUCUUCCACCAGAUGCAUCUUCCAAUGAGCGAUGGAACGGUAGAGGUUCGAGCGAUGCUCACCUGGACCUUAAAUCCGCAGGUGGACAACGAGGCCCUGUUCAGCUGCGAAGUGAAGCACCCGGCGCUCUCCAUGUCUAUGCAGUCGGAGGUCACGUUAGCUGCUCCAAGAGGGCCCAAAAUUAGCAUGACCCCGACGCGUGCGCGGGUCGGAGAUACCGUGAGGAUCGCCGUGCACGGCUUUCAGAAUGAGGUUUUCCCGGAGCCCCUCUUCACAUGGACGAGGGUGGGCGGAAGGCUGCUGGAUGGCAGCUCGGAGCAUGACGGGAAAGAGCUGGUUCUGGAGAGAGUGCCGGCAGAAUUAAACGGCUCCAUGUACCGGUGCACGGCGCAAAACCCGCUCGGCUCUACAGACACGCACACCAGGCUCAUAGUGUUUGAAAAUCCUAAUAUUCCGAGGGGAGCCGAGGACUCAAACGGCUCCGUCCCCGCCGUUGGUGACUACGGACUGGUUUUGGUUCUCCUCCUGACAGUGAUCCUGGAGCUCACGUGAAAACGUACAGACGUGUAAAGAACAUCCCGGCGCUUGGCUGACUCUCUAAAGACUUCACGAAAUCCCCGUCUCCUCCCGGCACCUUUCUUUUGUUUUCUAUUCUAGCUCCAGUCUCGUUAUUGGUCGGUUUCUGUCUGUGUUUUGGCUGAUAAAUUAAACAAGAAAAAUCUUUCCUUCUCCGUA